AUGGAACCCUCUCGCAAACGUCUACACAGUAUUUCCUCAAUCUCUUCCAAUUUCAUCGGCGCCCCGUCGAGUUUCGAAUUUCUGGGCGGCGGCCACGUGGCAAAAGCCGCAGAAAAUAUAGCCGUGGAAAGUAUCAUCAAUCAUAUCCAACUGAAUUUAAUAAAUUUUGAAAAUUCGCAAAAAAUCCGGGUUUUUGAUGAUUUGAUUAUGAGGAUUGUUAGUAUGAAGGUGAGCCUAGAAAGCCUAGAAAAAGCCUGAAAAUUUGGGCCUUUUUGAGCCUAAACAAGCCUAGAAAAGCCUAGGUUUGGCCUAGAAAUUUGGGCCAUUUUGAGCCCAAAAAAAGCCUAGUUUCAGGCCCUACAGUAAUCCCCAAACUACACAUUACAUUAUAAAUCUUCAAAAAUUGUCUUAUCAAUUUUUUUUUCUCAAGAUUUGAAAAAAAAUUAAUUUUUUGCCUGUCAACGACAUUUCAAAAUUAAUAUCUUACUGAUAACAAGAUUCAACCUCAAAAUGACAUAUUUUCUGCUCUUUUUUGAGCCCGAAAAAGGGCUUAGGCCUGAAAAGCCCACGAUUUCUAUGUUUCUAGACCCAAAUUUUGUGCUGAAAAUUAUGAAUUCGCUGAAAAUCGCUGAAAAUCAGUUUUUCCACAAGUUUCAGCACAAAAUUUCAGUCUUAAAACAUGUUUUUCUACAGUAAUCCGGUUGAUCCAUUUUUUUUGGAAUCUUGGGCACAAUUUUUUAAACAGUAGCUUUUGAAGUCAAAUAAAGUUUCUAGACCCAAAUUUUGUGCUGAAACUCAUGAAAAUACUGAUUUUCAGCGAUUUUCAGCGAUUCCACAAGUUUCAGCAUAAAAUUUGAGUCUAGAAGAAUUUUUCAAGAAUCUGAAAAAAAAAUUCUGAAAAUUUUUGGAUCAUUUCAGAAAUGUUCCAGAAGCUUAAAAUAAAGUUUCUGGGCGGAAAUUUUGUGCUGAAACUCAUGGAAUUAUUGAUUUUCAGCGAUUUUCAGCAAUUCCACAAGUUUCAGCGCAAAAUUCGAGCCAAGAAAGAAAAUUGUGCCAAAAAUUCCAAAAAAAAAUGGAUCAAAUGGGGUACUGUAGAUGUUUAGGCUCAAAAAAUCGCAAAUUUCUUGCAGAUCGACACUCUGACCGGCUCAACUCUCUCCGCCACCCAAAAACCGCCGCAAUUCGCCCUAACACCCGCCCCAAAAUCACCACCAAGACCCUCACAAAAUGUCGAGCAACAAUUCGCCGACUUCCAAGCCAAUCUGCUACGUCAGCAGCUCUACCAAAAUGUACAGUACCUUCCGCAAUACAACGCGUAUCAACGCGUCGCGGCCGACGCCGCAAAAUCCUCUAUCGAUCCGCUCAUCAAAUUCCAGCAGCUGAUGCGCGAAAGUGCCGCGGCGGAGACGCAGGCGACGCCGCCUGCGAUUCCGCAGCCGCGGAUGAUGGCACCGCCGCGGAUUGCACCAACUCCCAUUCCUGCACCGCCUGUACUCCUUCCGCAGGUCACGAAUAAGAAGGUAGGCUAGACAGCUAGAGAUGGUUAGAGACGCAGAGGAAGUACACUCGCUCCGCUCGAGCCGCUUCGCGGAAAAUUCCGGGGCGCUUCGCGCAAGCUUGCGGCAGACAGCUAGAGAGUAUAGAGAUGGUUAGAGACGCAGAGAAGUUAGACAGCUAGAGAUGGUUAGAGACGCAGAGGGAUAUACACUCGCUCCGCUCGAGCCGCUUGCGCGGAAGAUUCCGGGGCGCUUCGCGCUAGCUUCCACCUACAGUAACCCAAAAAUUUUGCAGAUUUUCCCAAAAGUCCGUGCUUGCAAUCAAUGGUCCGUAGUUAGUCUACCACUACCUUUAGCUGGUUAA